AAUCAUUUAUCCCAUAUUCCUGUUUUACUACUUGAUACAUAACAUCCAUGGAAUUCGUGUAUUACUUAGCAGCCAGUGUCCUUGUGUUUUCGUGCUGGACUAUAACCACCGCAGACCAAGAAUGCGUCGAAGGAAAAUAUGGAGUGAACUGUUCUUUAGAUUGUGGACAAUGUGAAAGUGCGGAGUUAUGUAAUACAACUUCUGGUGUUUGUAACGGUUCCUGCCAGGAUGGGUGGAAAGGGGUAAAAUGCGAUCAAGUGCAAGGACUACGACCAUUACUAAAAUUCGCCGUCAUCAUGGUUUUUGUCAUUACGGGAUCUGUUGUUGUGAUGGUAGCAUUUUUAUUGAUCUCGUACUGCGCAUGCCACAGAAAGAAGCAAACAGUCUUGGAAAUUGACGCCACAUCGGACUUCGACAAGUCGGAAGAUCCCACGCUUUCUAUGCGCAGACUCGAUGGCGACGGAUCCACACGAGAAGUGCGCAACGCGAGCAACGUGUACAGCUGGGGGUCAGAGUUCACGAAGGAGGGCGACAGGAAGAAUUACGUCAAUGUCCUAGCAUACAGGAAACUUACAGACGAGAAAACCAAGACAGAUGCGAUAUAUGCGAACACUCUCCCGGUACCAAACCGAGGAUAUGCAAAAACUGAUCAUUACGUAAACGUAAACCCAUGACAGGGCCGUAGCUAGCCCGAGUAAUCUGACUGUAAGAGAGGUAGAGGGACAUUUGGACAGUUAUACGCUCUCAUUACAGUCGGAGACCAAGCUAUGUAAUUUUCUUUCAAUCGCUGCCCAUCAAAGAGUAGUCAAAGAUUCCCGCUCUAAUACCACAACAAUCCUAUGUCCGUCUAGCUCUUUUACAGUUAGAGUACUCGGGCUAGGCCGUAGCGUGCCUAAAAUAACUGAUUCAGAGUACAGAAAUGUAAUUUAGUCUUCACAAAGUAGACAAAAAGACACGUUUAAGGGCUGUUCCAGAAUGUAUUGCAUAAGAGGGGUGGAAGGCACCUUGUUUAUUAUUUUAUGUCUGGUGGGUUUAUUUAGUAUAUAUAAAACAUUGUUUUGUUUUGUAGGUGGUGGGUAUAUCAGAACAUGUCUCCCUCCCCCCAUGUGAUAAAUUCUGAAAUAGCCAUGGUCAGUUUUUAAAAUUGUUUUGGGGGAAGGAGGAAACUGACGCCUCUCCCCCGCUAAUUACUGCCCUGCACAAUGACCACUGCGUACAGGUGAACGAGAACGAAGUGUAACUGAUGGCCGACAUGGACGAAUAUAUUCCAUUAGGUGAAUUUUCAUAAGUGAGUAAAUUAAUUAAUAAAAAUAAAUAAACUUUAUAAUAUCUGAAAUAAUCAAGUAAUUUUAACCCAUAAUACAGACAUGUUUCUCGUAUUUCCUAACUCUGGAAAGUAGGCCUACUGCUUUCAAGUUGAAUUUUUCUUUUCAUCAGCUUGCAUGUCUUAGAAAAAGAAAAGCAAACUGAACUUAGUGGGUGAACGGAAUCACGGAUUCUCCGAAAACACGUGAACUUGAUUUAUGGAAUAUAAAACUAAAAGGUAUAAUUCACCCUAUCAGCACUUCAAGUAUUUCUUUUUUCCCCUUUAUAUAUAGAAUUAUUUAGCAAAUUCAUCGAUGACGUAAUUUGCAAUAGAAACAAAAGGUUUUAUGCAAACUUGUUUUGUAGGAUCAAUCAAUUGAACGUUGCUUAUCAUAAACAAAAGUAAGUAUGUUUACUAUGCUAAGUGAUAAGGCAACUUUUAACAAGAAGACUUAACCAUGACGAUAUUACUGAACGUAGGACUGGUAGAAUGAAAUACCAUCUGGGCGAGAUCUCACAUCAUAUUAGGUCUCACUACACAGAUGUCAUCUGCCAUUCAAACCCAUGUUAAACUGCCCAACUUCAAGCGAAGAUUGCCCAUAGAACGGGUUCUCGUUGGCACUAACAACAUAAACCAUUGCAAACAUA